AUGACUCAUAUUGUCAAGAAAAUGACUGUUGCGAAGACAUUUUUGCAUUUAAUAAUUUGGAUUUCAUCACUUUCAAACUUACUGAAAGUGUCAACAUUUCCGUCACAAGGUAUAGACAUUAAUCAUAACAUUACGUGUAACAAUACCUUGGAGGAGAUUAAGCCAGUCCUCUGCCUGAGGAAGCCACAGACCUCACCAUCGGGUCUUACUAAGCAGCGGCAGACACUAGGAGUAACCUGCCAUCAUAAGCUGUAUUAUAGGACAGCCCCCAUACGCAAGCCCCAUGAUUCUGAAUCCCUAGAACACAGAGAAUUUAUACACGACGGCCGAUCAGCUACGCUGAUCAACACACCCGCCAUAGUUCUCGAGAACAGGAAGAACAACGAAGCGUUAUCACAUCUUCCUGGAGUUGUAAGACGACAGUUGACUGCCUUACGAGAGGCUGUGUCACUCGGCCAGAUGCUGAGAACCGUCGUCUCGGAAGAGAUGCAAAGGUGCCAUCUGGUGGUGGCUUAUGAUCCAGUCUAUGAUCAGUUAACUGUCGUGGAGGACCUGUUCAUGCAGCUGCCCAAUACACGACAGGUAGUACGAGUGAGAAGAACGGACGACCUGCUGAAGAUAGCGUGGGUUUCUCCGGAGUGUGGAGGCUACAUCUUCCUCACCCACGACCAGGAGCCGCUCCUAACAUUCGUGAACACGUUCCCUGACCUCUGGGACUAUCACGGCAGGUACCUGUUUGUGACUUCCUCACAAGGCUAUCUAGAGUCUCUGGCUUCAUCUAAAAAGGGAAAGAAGACGGAAUACAUUGCAGGGGCCACACAGACAGGCUUGGAGGGAGAGUGGAGCCUCUACAUCAACCAGCUGUACUUCGGGGAAGGAGUGAAGCGUGUCACCAGCUGGCGGAAAAACAGAUUUACCUCCCAGGUAGUCAUUUUUCCCGACAAAUUCACGGAUCUUAGAGGAGCCGUGCUCAAGGUGGGUACGUUUGAAUGGAAGCCGUUCGUGUUCUAUGAACGGGCCAGGGACGGUACAGUGGUUUCCCGGUACGGGAGAGACAUGGGAGUAGUGAACAUCCUCAGUCAGGUGAUCAACUUCACUACACAGUUCAAGGAACCACCAGCAGGCGAAUACUGGGGCAGUGAUGAAGAAAACGGGACUUACUCAGGAUUUCUGGGGUUACUUGCAAGAAACGAGGUGGACUUGGGCGUAGUGGACCUCUACGUCACCAUCGUCCGUGUUGAUAUCCUCGACUACACUCUCCCCUAUGACAAUGAGCUGAGUUGCUUUCUGGCUCGAACGGAGCCACCUAUUCCCCGGUGGCAGGCACUCGCCUUUCCCUUCCAGGGCCAAACCUGGACCGCCAUCCUCUUUGGUCUCCUGGUCUCCGGUCCUAUUCUCUACAUACUAGCGCGGUGCAGUGCUCACUGCGGGGCGGAGGAGAAGCGACUGCAGUCUCUGGGCUUCGACACAUUCUACACCCUGGCCAUGCACUGCGCCAGAGACCAGCGGACAGAGCCCCAGACCGACGCCACCAGGGUGUAUGUCCUAUUCCUCUGGCUCUACACCAUGAUCCUCACUAUAGCCUACUCCUCCAACCUCACCGCCUUCCUGCUGGUGGCCAAGGCUCCCACAGGCAUAGAGACCCUCAAGGACCUCCAUGACACCGGUACAGAGGUGUCAGUGGUCGGAACCUUCUCACCUACUGACCCUAAUCUGCAGAGCAUUAAAGACAGAUUCAAGAACUACAGCUCUGAUGAACCAAUCUUCUCUCGGGUGUUGGAGGGCAAGUCUGUCAUGUUAAUGAGUCGGCCUUACCAUGAGUACGUCAUCGCCUCAAGGUUUACCAGUCGAGGACAAGCCAGGAUGAGGAUCAUGAAGGAGUGCUUCACCCCGUUCAACGUGGCCAUGGCUUUACAGCGCCACUCUCCUCUGAAGAGAAGAUUCGACCAGAUCAUUGGGUGGAUGGUGAGUGGAGGACUGGUGAACCAGUUCUUCCAGAAUGACCUCACGCUCUCCCUUCAACACUCGGUCACCGGCGACGUUGAUGCAGGUGACGUCGUGACGGAGGGCGGAGUCAUCCCUCUGAGCAUCAACCACCUGCAGGGCAUCUUCUUCGUCACUGUCUGGGGUUGGUUGAUCUCCUUGUUGGCUUUGCUGCUGGAGAUCUCACUCCAUAAGGGAGCUUGGCGCACGGGGCCACAUGCAGGAUGUGGAGCGUUGCCCUGGUGCUAGAGACAAGUCUGCUCGGGUUUACUGAAGGUAAACUUCAUCAGUCUGCAACUACGAGGCGCUUGCAAUGUAUAUGGCAAAUGAGGACGAUAAGUUUGUUUUGACACAUAUAAAUGUACAGGUAUAGUCUAUAUGCCUCGCUGAACGCUUAAGACAAUACUGAAACCUACUGAAAUGCCUGCACUUAGGCACUUGGCAUUUUCAGACAUAUACACUUACACAUUUACAAAUACACUCACACACGAACACAAGUUUAAUACGCCAUUUUCUGUCCGUUGUGGCAACUUGAGAGGAUAGGGUGCUGUACUAGCCUGGACUAGCUCCACUAGUGUUCACUGGCUUGUAUGAGAUCCACUAAUGUGUACCUCAGGUUAAACAAAAGCCAACACCUGAUUAGCAAGCCAGACUGGGGUUUUUAAUAUAUUUUUCUUUAAGCCAACAUCUGUUUAGUUAUUGCAUAUAAGACGCAUUAAAGAUCACGUAAGAUUAUUCUUUCCAUAAAUUAUUUAUUCUGCAUUAUAUGGUUCGUGUGAAUGACAGCCGAGGGUUCUCUGAGGCGUAUCUCCAGGUAAUUACUCAUUGCUUGAGGGAGACAUAAUUCACCACAUUCAAAACAAA